UGGGCUUUUGGGAUUCAUUUUAUUUUACCCAGAGUAAAGGAACCCUUCAGAGGCUGACCAGUAACUGAAGAGACAGGACCUGGGCUACACAGGGCACCCACCCCCAAGCCACUCUUACACUCCAUCCUUUGUCUCUUGUUUCCUUCUGAGGCCGACUUACCACUAUCUCAUUGGGAAACGGUUGGUAAGAACACCCAUCCCACUGACUUGCAGAAUACAGCAAGGGAGGGAAGCCCAGGAGUCAGAGCCAAGGGAAGAAGUAAUCAUUGGGGUUGGCAAUGUGAGUUGGUCCAGGCACAAUGUGGAGCGUAUUUGAGGAAAUCACAAGAGUUGUGGUCCAAGAGAUGGAUGCUGGAGGGGAUAUGAUUGCUGUCAGAAGCAUCCUUGAUGCUGACAGAUUUCACUGCUGCUCUCUGGUGAGGGGGAGGAGAAAUUUCUGGGGGCACCAGUACCACAGGACAGACCUCACCCUGGAGGACAUACUGGAGAGAGGGAAGGGCAAAGGGCUGUUUGAUAAGCUGGGUUCUGAGCCCCAAGGUCAAAAGGCUGAGUUCCAAGUUUUGGACAUGGUAGACUCAAAGGGAAUGUUGACAGUGAAAUUGCCCAAAGAAAUAACAACUGUAGGGGCCUUCCACAGGUCCCACAAGCAGAGAGUCAAGAUAUUGGAGCCCCGGAUACCCCAACAAUAUCUGGAUUCUCUUGAGCACCGGGAGCUGAGGAGAAGACUCCCCACUUUGUUGCAAUCAAUCCGGAGAAUGAGAGCAGACCUGUAUCUGGUGACAGAGAUUCUGGAGAUGGCAAGGAAGGAAACCCUGAAAAGUGAACGGCUAUGUACGUUGUGGAGCCGGGUGAACGCAAGGUUAGGACCCUGGGGGGCAGGGCCUGCGAGCAAAGCAAGCCUUGACCCACCCAUGGUAGGUCAGGGGAUGCCAGCCCAGACCUCAGGCUCUUCAGCUCUUCUUCCAGACCUCCCUGAGCAAUCUCAGCUGCUCCCGGGCCUUCUUAGGCCUUCUCUUCUUGUUCCAAGAAAGUGUGUGUGGCAUUGCUUCGAGCUCUUAAUUGCUGUCUCUACAGGGAAGUCCUUGAGUUUAGAGGAUUUCAGAAACAUGAAGGAGAAGGAGCAGGACAUGGUGAGAGGCCUGUAGGAUCUGACUGAGAAGGAACAAAGAGAUGUGAUAAGCUGCCUCAGAGGGCAGUUGCCACUCUCUGCUAAAGUGGGACUGGUGCUCAUUUCCCCUCAUCUAGAGAUGGAGGGUCUAGCAGGUCUUCUCAUAAGUAGCCUUUUCAAUGCUGCUGGGUUCUUGGUAAAGGCACAUACAGAAUCCAUUCUGGAUAUCCUGGAUGCUUUGAUUACGUCUGAGGAGCAGCACCUUGUGGCUGAGGCCCUAGAGAAGGGGACCCUGUCCCUGUUGAAGGACCAGGUAAGACAAUCUGUCCUGGAGCAGAACUGGAGUGAGCAGCCCCAUGAUAUGGGCUGGGACGCCAACGCACGACUUCUCUGUGCCCUCUGUGUUGCUCUCUCCCUCCUGCUGCAGCUGGGUGAGAAGCCGACCUCGGUGCCUUCCUAACUAUAUGUUAGCCCUUGAACCAUUCUCCCCACAAGCCUCUGGGUGCUCCCCUCUCAGGCCAUCCCUGACCCCCAGCGCCCCGCCCCCCAUCACCAGAACAGUGUCUUUAUAACAAACAGCCAACUGUUUUUCAAUACAUCACUUCCCCUACAUGAUAAUGUCCAAAAAUCAGCCUGGAUUGUAUGCAUGGGCUUCUGACUAGAAGUGGCAGAUUGGUCAUAUUAAUUUUCUCUCCCUCUUGAAACCUCACUAAAUAAAGUAAAACAAUAGAAAAGAUGUAAACCCACAAUGAUAAAGAGAACGGGGCAGCAGAUAAGAGAUUCUAACACAUCUUUGGAAACUAGAAGGUAAUUAAAGGCAUUCAAGCCGGGAGGUGUGGGCCUGAGGGGAGCGGGGAGUGUGGGAGGAGACUGCUGUUCUCUCAUCAUGAACGUUUUCUCUUUAAUA